UGUAUAUUGGUGAAAAUAACAUUGCACUGAAUGCAUUGCAUUCAGAAACAUUGCUUUGCAAAAAUGUGCACAUUAGGCAACAUUGCACACAAGCAUACAUAUAUCAGGAGAAAUGUGCUGAUGAAUUUUCAUGAGGACUUUUUAAAAAACAACAACACACAAACAGAUGUGGAAAUUUGGAGAACUGAACUGAAAAUUGGAAAAAAUACUGAGAGAACUUAAAAUGGUCAGCUUUGCCCACAUCUAGGUUUCAGUUGCCAACAUAGUCACUCUUCUUCCAGGGAAGGCAACUCAAAACUGAGAAUUCUGGUCCAUCCUACAGAGAUAUUUCCUCAGAGAAGAUUUGUCACCAUAGAUGAACCAAGUUGCUGUAGAAGAGGAACGACUCCACAAGAAGAGCUGCUGUGGUUCCUAAACAGUUCAUGCACUUCAAUUCAUAAAGGAAGACAAUCAAUUCUUUAUCAAUGCUCAUGAAAACUGCACCAGUGCCUUUCCUGUGCCAUGAAUCACCAGCCUGCCGUUUUCCUACACUACAGAUCUCCAGUCAAAAUAAUCCCUUUACUCAUCCCAAAAAUCAGAAUUUAAGGAAGGAGUUCUUUGCAGGACAAUGGCACUGGUGUCCAACAACACAGCGUUAAACUACCUCCUUUCAAAACUGCUAGAAGACUAUGAAAGCAAACCAAGCCACCCGACAGCUGCAUCAGUCGUUGCAACAAAUGACCAUCUGGAAGUCAUCUACAUACUCCUAUUGCUUGGCUUCUUUGGCUUCUUCACUUUCGGAAUAAUGAUGAGCUACAUCCGCUCCAAAAAGCUUGAACAUUCAAAUGACCCGUACAAUGUGUACAUUGCCACAGACAUUUGGCGGAAGAAGGACAAGGCCAGCUUGAAAGCCAAGGUGAUGGAAAAUUAUAAAUCAAGCUUUGUCUUGGAAAACCAGCAUGCUGUAGAACAGCCCACCAGUCACAUUCCUGAAGUGAACCCUUCCUAGCAAACGGGCAGCUAAUCUUACAGGCAUCAUACUGAAUUUUCCAAAACUGUGAAAGUAAGCAGUUUGUGGCCUAUAUUUACCCCUUUUAAGAAGAAAAGUACACCCCCUGCCUCUUCAGGGCUGAAUUUAGGUUUGAUAAGGCCCUAAGCCACUGAAGGUAAUGGGGCCUUUUGUAUGUCCAGCUGUCCUUUGUCAACAACAAAUUGUCACUGUUUUUUGUGUUGAAUAUAUGCUAUAUGGUAAUUUAUGGACCUAAUAGCUAUCUAAAGCCAUUUGCACAUAACAAACAUCAUAGGAGCCUACACAACACAAAACACUGUUGCUGUAUGUAGGUUUUAUUUUAUUUGUUUUUUAUCUUAUAUUUUGGAAAUGUACAUCCAGUUUUCUUCCCUUUAAAUUUUUGGGGGCCCCCAAGAGAGUGGGGCCCUAAGCUAUAGCUUGUUUAGCUUAUAUGUAAAUCCGGACGGCCUCUGUUCAACCCCCUUAGCAUAAUCAGAAAAGUACAUCUGCAGCAUUUAGAAAUCCAGCACAUUUUGGAAGACUAUUCUGUACUGGCAGGUGCUGCUUCCAGCUUGGGAAUCAAGCUGCUGAAGAAGAUAUAUGCUGACUAUGAUCUACUUCCACCAUAAGGAAGGAAUUCCACAAGGAAUUUGGGCAAAAAAGAAGAAGUAAAUUAAGCCUCAUUCCACAAACAUAUUCUUAACACCAACAGGAAAAUUUAACUACAGACCAGACAUGUUGUUUUGAUUUCACAUGGGGUUAGGUAUUUCCUUCCAACCUACUGUAAACAAGUUACUGGUCCUUAUGGGAUGGAAGAUGACAAGUCAGUUUAAUGUAAUGCUAGCCACAUUAUUUCCUUGUGUGCAACAAGGCACCCCAAACUGGCUGGCUUUUAGCCACUUCAUACUGAUGACUUGGGGAAGGUGUUUACUUUGGUGCAGCAAUUAGAAAUAGCUGCGAGUGACUGCGCAACUUCAAAGAAGGCAGCCGGGUUUGGAGGGGGGACACACAAAGAUACACUGCUAAUGCUAGGCUGAUUCUGGAUAAAAUGCAUCAAUAGGUGGCACCCUAGAGCAAAUGAACCUACAUACAAGUAUUCUGGAAGCCAAUGGCUCGACAGAGCAUUUCUUUUCCAUUCUUGAAGCUCUAUUGUUUCCUUGCUUUUGUUUUUGAAAGCUCUUUACCAUAAAGCCUUGUCUCUCUACAUUUAACCGUUGCUUCUUGAAACUUUAUUUCCCCCUGCUAACUUCUUUAGUAUUGGUACUCCCCUCUGUUAAUUCUAUCUGCAUAUGUGUGACAUAUGUUUAAUUCUGGUACUUUCUUUUCAUUCCUUAAAGAAAUCAUUCUGCAUGCUAGUUCUAAAGUUGUGUCUCUCAAAAUGCAAUGUAUUUUAGAACCUAGACAUUAUUGUGUUAAAUCAGCUAGAUAAAUUGCAUAGUUCACAUCCAUUCAAAUCAGUGAGAAAUUUGCUGUGAAAAUCCAUAGGAGGCAAAUUGCAGAAAAAAGACCUAUUACAGAUCAGUAGUGUUCCC